AUGGCAUCUACAACCACAACAGAGGUCUUUUCUCUCGAGCAAGAAGUGUUCACGGUCUUGCCCGAUCUGCAGCAACGGCAACAGCAAAAUCAACCACCGCCGACGACAGCCUCGGCCCGAACAAUAGAGCCUCUCAACAUCGAAUCCACCCCAGACACAGAGCCCAACUACCCAACAGGCAGCAAGUUUUGGUUCACCAUCAUCGCACUGUGCGUAGUCCUUAUUCUCGGAGGACUUGACGCCAACAUCGUCGCUACAGCCGUGCCGAGCAUCACUAAUCACUUCCACACCGUCGCCGACGUAGGAUGGUACUCGUCUGCAUUUCGACUCUGCACCUGCGCGUUCCAAUUCGGGUUCGCGAAGCUGUAUAAGCUCUUCUCAAUCAAGACCAUCUUUUUGAUCAGCAAUGUUAUCUUCCUCGUCGGCUCUUUACUCUGUGCCACGGCUGUUUCGUCGACCAUGUUAAUUCUAGGGAGAGCAGUAACCGGCGUGGGGUUCGCCGGUGAGUUGGCUGGGUGUUUUGCGGUCCUGGUGCAUAUUGUGCCGCUCAACAAACGGCCAGUAUUUGCGGGUUUGAUGGCGUGCGUGGAAUCGCUUGCGAUCAUUUCAGCGCCUAUACUAGGUGGUGCAUUGACGCAGUCUUUGGGGUGGAGAUGGUGUUUCUGGAUUAACCUUCCUAUUGGCGCUUUAUCGCUGGCGACUAUGUUUUUCCUCUUCUCGGACCCAAGAACCCGCCGAGAGGACGGCCUCACAAUGGCUCAGAAGAUCAGAGAGCUCGACCUCGUCAGCAACUGCUUGUUCAUCCCAUCCCUGACUGCGCUCUUCGUCGCGCUAUCUUGGGCGGGAACAAAGUAUCCCUGGUCAGAUGGGAAAGUGAUUGCAUUGUUCGUUGUAUUCGCUGUGCUACUCGCCGCUUUCCUCUUCAAUCAGUAUCGACGCGGAGACUCGGCAGCACUCCCCUUCCGCAUCAUCAAAAACCGAAAUGUGAUCGCAGGCUUCAUCUUCACGACGUGCACCAAUUCGAUGACGAACGUCUUGGAGUGGUACUUACCAACAUACUAUCAAGUCGUUCGAUCCCGGACCCCGAGCGAGAGCGGCUACCUGAUGAUCCCCAUCCUCGUUGGAAUGAUGCUGGGGCUCUUUCUUCAGGGCAUCGGCACCACCACGUUCGGCUACUACACCCCAUUUAUGAUCUUCGCCUCCAUAUGCAUGCCAAUCGCCGCGGGCUUGAUGACAACAUACGAUCUCCACACAUCCCUAACCAAGAUCAUCCUCUAUUCCGGAUUCGCAGGCUUCAGUGGAGGCAUCGGCUUUCAAGGCUCCCAAGCGGCUGUUCAGACCACCUUGAGUGCCGCAGAUGUCAACCUUGGGAUCGGGGUCAUCUUGUUCGGGCAGAGUAUGGGACCGGCGGUGUUUAUCGCUAUUGCGCAGGUUAUAUUCACGAAUCAGUUGUCGUCGAGUUUAGAAGAUGUCGUCCCAGGCUUAACGCCUGGUUAUAUUGAACAGCACGGACUUGGCGAUAUCAAGAAUGGGGUUCCCAUGGAACAGUGGGAUACCGUUUUGGAUGGUAUCGAUCGGAGCUUGAGUCGUACUUGGCACCUUACUGUCGCGUUGGCUUGCACGACGAUGAUAGGAAGUCUCUUGAUCGAAUGGCGCUCGGUCAAGCAGAAGCAGUCGUGA